AUGGCCGACCACCACCACCACCACCAGCACCGUCCUAACCGCCUAUCUCUCCCUCUACGAGCCACCAACACUACGUUCACCUCCAAUGCCACAUUCACUCCCACCACAUCCACACCCUACCCUCUCUACCCAUUCGCCUCCACAACCCCAACCUCAACACCAUCGAAACACCGUCUCUCCUCUCUUCCCUCCAAGUCCUCUUCAAAAUUCUCCUAUUCCUUCCUCUUCCUCCUCCUCCUCUCUCUCCGUUCCCUCUACUCUCUCCUCCCUUUCCUUCGAUCCUCUCCUUCCUCGUUCAAUAUCUUCCCUUUCUCGUUCCUUGUCUCUCUCCUCUCCUUCCUUUUAUCCCUCUCUUUCUCUCUUUUCUUCUCCCCUUCCUCCUCCUCAAAAACCCCUUUUCACUUCAGAACAAACCCUAACCAACCCAUCUUCGCUCUCUCCUCCAUUUCCCAAUCACAACACAGACUCCUGUUAUCAAAAUCUCUCCUCCUUGCUGUUGUUUUCCUCCUCAGAUUUCAAGCCCUUCGAUAUUGCGGGACUGCUGCUAUGAUUCUCGCUGAAUUGUCCGGUAGUGUCGCGGCCGCUCGUUUUGCUGCUGAUCGGAGGAGAAAGAAUAAUAAUUUUGGUGUAAGUAGGCAUAACUUAUCUGGGUUUUUGGCCCUUUUUGUUGGGUUGUUUUUGCUGUCAAUAAGUUGGGAUCGGAUCGAUUGUUUUCCAUUUUCCAUUGGUUUCAUAGAUAGAUAUGGGAUUUCGGUUUUUCCUAGAGAGAAUUGUUUUAGGAUUUGGCCAAUGUUGUUGCCUUUUGUUUCUGGUUUUUUGGGGUGUUAUGAGAGAGUUUCGAUGAAUUUGGGGACAAUUAGAGCAUUAGGCCAAAAACGGGUUCGAUUGAUUUCGUUGUUUUAUACCACAGUUUUACUAUUUAUUCCUGCUGUUUUAAGUUUUAUGGUGUUUGAAAGUGGUAAUAGUGAUAACAAAGGUGUUUCUAUUGGGAGUUUGGGUUGGCCUCUAGCAAAUACUGUUGUUUUUGGGGUUCUUUUGAGUGAGAAUUGCAGUGGUGAUGAGAAGUUAGUGAGUUCUAAAGAUUUCCAAAGAGAGUUUUUGGUUACAUUUGUUUGCACGGUUGUUUUGGAGCUGUUCUAUUUCCCCGAGCUUUCGCUUUGGGGGCUUUUGCUAUGUGGUUUCCUACUGUAUUUUGGUGUUAGAGAAUUGGAACCUAGUCAUUCACAGUAUCUUGAAUUGGGAUUGGAUACACCCCCGAAGGCAUUUAGUGGUUUCAUUAUGAAACCUAUCCGCCACAUUUUGAGUGAGAGAAAGUCCCGUAAGAUUGCACUUUUCCUUUUUAUUAAUACUGGUUAUAUGUUUGUUGAAUUUGCUGCUGGGUUUAUGAGCAAUAGUCUUGGGUUGAUAUCAGAUGCUUGCCAUAUGUUGUUUGAUUGUGCUGCUUUGGCAAUUGGUCUGUAUGCUUCUUAUAUCUCCCGGUUGCCUGCAAAUAAUCAGUUUAAUUAUGGUCGAGGAAGGUUUGAGGUUCUGUCAGGAUAUGUUAAUGCUGUCCUUCUGGUUCUUGUUGGGGCACUAAUUGUAUUGGAGUCAUUUGAGAGGAUUUUGGACCCUCAGGAGAUAUCAACUAAUAGUCUGUUAAUUGUUUCAAUUGGAGGGCUUGUUGUGAAUUUGGUUGGUCUGGUCUUCUUUCAUGAAGAGCAUCAUCAUGCUCAUGGUGGCUCUGGAUCAUGCUCUCACUCUCAAUCUCACUCUCACUCUCACUCCCACUCCCACUCCCACUCCCACUCCGACUCUCACUGUCACCACCAGCACCAAAAUUCACAAGACCAUGAAAAGCAUGAUGAAUACGCCUCCGUUUCCCAUGAAUGUCAUGAAAAGUCAUUGGCCGGCCAUGGUGACAAUCUUGAACACCAUCUUUGUGACCACCAGAGCAGUAUUGAUAGCUGUAAAAUUGGAAGCUCCAGUUGCCAUGCUCACCACGACAAUGCUCACGACCAUGACCACUCCUCCCAUGCUCACCAUCAACAUGACCAUCAUGACCACUCCUCCCAUGCUCACCAUCAACAUGACCAUCAUGACCACUCCUCCCAUGCUCACCAUCAACAUGACCAUCAUGACCACUCCUCCCAUGCUCACCAUCAGCAUGACCAAAAUGACGACUCCUCCCAUGCUCACCAUCAGCAUGACAACCACGACCACUCCUUCCAUGCUCACCAUCACCAUGACCACUCACAUGAUCACAGAUGCCAUGACCAUCAUCAUCAUCAUUCCAAUCCUCAUGAUCAUCGCUCUUUGGAUUCUAAAAGUGAUUCUUCUUUGGUAAAGAGUAGUUCCGAACAAAUGACAGCAGUAUCUGAACAAGAGGAACCAAAAAGGCACCACCAUCACCACAUCGACCACAACAUGGAGGGGAUCUUUUUGCAUGUUCUGGCAGAUACGAUGGGAAGUGUUGGUGUUGUUAUAUCUACCCUCUUAAUUAAGUACAAAGGAUGGCUUGUUGCUGAUCCCGCCUGCUCAAUAUUCAUUUCCGUUUUAAUCGUAUUGUCAGUCAUUCCAUUGCUCAGAAACUCUGCUGAAAUCUUGCUUCAAAGAGUUCCCAGGGCUCAUGAACAGGAUCUGAAAGAAGCCAUAAACAGUAUUAUGAAGAUAAAGGGGUUGCGUGGCAUUCAGAACUUGCACUGUUGGAGCUUUACCAACACAGAUAUUAUUGGGACUCUGCAUCUUCAUGUUGCAGACAAAAUUGACACGACUUCUCUGAAGGCACAGGUUUCAAACAUUUUUCAGGAUGCUGGAAUCAAGGAUUUGACAGUCCAGGUGGAACGUAGCAAGUAA